CGGAAAUCAAACAUCAAGGGCUCAGAGAAGCAUACUCUAUGGGCAGAGAAAUGGCGACCAAAGACCUUCUUCGACUUUGUUGGUAAUGAGCUUACAAACAGAAAGAUCUUGACUUGGCUAAGACAAUGGGACCGUGUUGUAUUUGAGAAGAACCUCAAACCAAUGACCACUGAGGAUGAGAACUCGAGCAGGUUUACUGACCCCUUUGGCAGGCCUGAACGAAAGGUUCUACUGAUCACAGGUGCCCCAGGACUGGGGAAAACCACAGCAGCUCAUGUCAUUGCUAAACAAGCCGGCUAUGAGGUCAUGGAGAUAAACGCAAGUGACGAAAGAGCAGGCCAAAGAGUUAACGACAAAGUCAAUAACUCAUUGACAACCUCAACAUUUUCAGGUAAACCCACAUGUCUCAUUGCAGACGAAGUUGAUGGUGGUGCAGAGUUUGGAUUCAUCAAAGUGCUGAUGGACAUCUUGAACGAUGAUGCAAAAUCUGUAAAGAAGUUGCAAUCGUUGGAAUAUUCAAAAUUCAAAGCUCAAAGUGGUAAGAAUAGACCAAAGUUCUUACUUAGACCAAUCAUAUGUAUCUGCAACGAUGCCUAUGUUCCGGCACUGGAGAAGUUGAGGCCAAACGCAGAGAUGAUCACAUUCCAACAGGCAACCGAAGCGUCUCUGAUGGACAGGCUAAGAUUCAUAUGUGACGCUGAGAACGUUUCAUUGACCAACUCACAGCUAAAGGAGAUUGUUCUGCUUACAGAUUAUGACAUUAGAAGCUGUGUCAACCUGUUGCAGUUUGGUGGUGGGUUAAAUACAUCGAAAGACUCUAGGAAGAAGGACUUCCAAAUGACAUGGUAUGGAUUGGUUAAUGAGGUGUUCAGAAGGAAAGCGAAGAUGUCACCUAAAGAGCAGUUCACGCAUCUUGCACAGCUGCUCAAUGUCUCAACCAAUAUAGACAAAGUUGUCCACGGGUGUUUCCAAGCCUAUCCUGGUGUCCACUUCCAAGACGUUGCGAUGUCCAAACCAGCAAAGAUCAGCGAUUGGUUAUACUUUGGAGAUAGAAUGGGCCAUGCUCAAUUUGAGGCAAUCGGUGACUUGAGCUAUUACCAAUCACAAGUUGCGUUGCAAUUCUUCAACAUGUUUGGUGAUUUGGGUAAUAGAUCUAGCAUUAAAGUGAAGAGCGAUUGGGAAUACUUUGAGAGAAGGAAACAGACGAGCAACAUUGUGAAACAGGUCUACACACGGUUGAACUCCCAGCUACGGAGCAUGGUUUCAGAACGUGAACUGGCUACUUUGGUGCUACCCUAUUUGGAUUAUAUCAUUACGCCAGAAAGGAAGUCAAUUCAUCAUAUGAAGGAGGGCGACAAGCUGAAGAUUGAAAAUGCCAUAGCUGCAAUCCAAGGAUUUGGUCUAUAUCUAAACAAGGGGAAGGAUAGCGACUAUAAUGAUAUAUUCGUCACUUUCCCCGACAUCACACCUGUUACAAGAUUUGACAGUGGCAGUGUCAAGAAACAACAGCAGAGGCAAACACAGGUAUUCCCAACAUUGCUGAAAGAGAUGGAAGCCUUGAAGGCCAAGAAGAGGGCAUACGCACAGAUGGCUGAGGGAGAUACCAAGCAAACACAGAACAUCGACGACUUGAAGAACCAGUAUACAAAGAUGACAGAGACUGAAGCCAAUACAAAGAAGCAGAAAACAGAUGUUAAGAUUUGGGUUAAAUACCACGAAGGGUUCUCCAAUGCUGUGAGAAAGCCUGUUAAAUGGGAAAACCUAUGGCAA